GAAAAAGUGGCUAUGACGGCAAGUUUAAGUUCAGUGUAUGGUAGAAUAUUUAAUGCAUCAUAUGCAGUAGAUGGAAUAACAGAAUGCUUGACAGGAGUUGAUCGGAACUUAGCUUGCACUGAAAAUCAGACCAAUCCCUGGUUGAAAGUCAAUCGAAACAACACUAGCACUGUGGAUAGAGUUUUGAUUUACAAUAGGCAAGACUGCUGUGGGGAACGACUACAUGAGGUUCGAGUAGAUGUCAUAGACAAUGGACGUAAUGUUUCGUGUGGUUUUUACCAGGGACCAGCCGCCAAUGGAGACCGUAUCCUGUUUCUGUGUGAAAUGGAGACGAGAGGGAGUGGUGUUAUUAUUUCUAUUUUAUCAAAAGACGGACCAACUGAUUUCCUUAGUGUUUGUGAAGUUGAGAUAUAUGGUCAAUCUUAA